AUUUAAAACUGUACGAAUCAUUCUUGUAAUCUAACUACUUAUACUUUGCUUGGGACAAAUUGAUAAAUUAUUGUGUGACAGUAUAAAUUGCAUAGAAAAGGAACAUUUAUGCGAUAUUCUUGUCUAAUAUGACCGGAAACGAAAAAGGUUCUCACCUUCUGGUUGCUGCUUUCGACUUUGGGACUACAUUCAGUGGUUACGCCUUCUCAUUUCGUGAGAAUCCGUUAGAGAUACACGCAAAAAGUUGGAACGAUGAGUCAUAUCUCUCUUUGAAAACAUCUACAUGCUUAUUGCUAGACCCUGAAGAGAAAUUUCAUUCUUUUGGAUAUGAAGCAGAAAAUAAAUACAAAAUGCUUUGCGAAGAGGACGAGCACCAUAGCUGGUUGUUUUUCAGACAUUUCAAAAUGUUAUUGCACAAUAAUAAGAAACUAAGUAAACAAACGACUGUCAAAGACAUUUCGGGAAAGCGACGCAUGUUUGCCAUUGACAUCUUCUCAUUAUCAAUACGAUAUCUACGGGACCAUUUCUUUUCGGAACUUCAAAAGAAAUAUUCCGGCAUCGAAGAGACUGAUAUACAGUAUGUCAUAACGAUUCCCGCGAUCUGGGAAGACAAUGGUAAACAAUUCAUGAGGAUGGCAGCGUUACAGGCAGAUAUUGAUAACGCAAAGUUGACACUUGCUUUAGAGCCAGAAGCUGCAUCUAUCUGUUGUCAAAGGAUAACCGUUGAUUCAAAAGGCAAAAACUUCAUGUCUGGUUUGCAGUAUAUCGUGAUAGACAUUGGAGGUGGCACUGUGGAUAUAACGGCUCAUCAAAUAAACGACAAUGGAACGUUAACCGAAUUGUACAAAGCAAGUGGAGGACCAUGGGGUGGCAUAUACGUCGACAACAACUUUCUGAACUUUUUAGAUGAUUUAUUCGGAGAGCAAGUUAUGAAUACUUUCAAACAAAACUAUCUUGAAGACUAUUGGUAUAUGCUGCGAGAAUUCGAAACCAAAAAGAGGGAGGUUAAAUUUGACAAUUGUCAUGAACAGGAGCAUACUUACAUUACUAUUAAACUUCCUUUAGAGUUAAGAAACAUGUCUAAAACACAAAAUGGCAAAGUGCUGGAGGAACUGAUAGGCUCUUCACCUUUUUCAUUGGACAUUGUUAGCAAAAAAGACAAAAUUAGAGUUGGAGUAGAACUAGUGAGAAAGUGGUUUGAUGGACCUGUUAAUGGUAUCAUACGACAUAUUGAAGACCUAUUAAAAAAACCGGAAGUACAUCAAGUUUCCACUUUGAUCUUGGUAGGCGGCAUGGCCGACAGUCCAUACGUACAAGAAAAGAUCAGAUAUGCCUUUUCAUCAAAGCGCUUUAUCAUACCAAAAGAUGCCGGUUUGGCAGUACUUAAGGGAGCAGUUCUUUUCGGACAUGAGCCUAUGUCUAUAUCUGUAAGAGUAAUGAGGUAUUCUUAUGGUAUAGAAAUGUUCCAACGGUUCAAACGCUCGAUACAUAAAUCGUCAUUAAAGAAAAAAGUGGAAGGGAAAGCAUAUGUUGAUAACGUGUUUCAUGUGUUUGUCAGAGCAGGCGACACUGUCCAAGUUGGUCAGGAAAUUACAAAGACCUCGUCUCCAAUCAACAAAGAAUCCUCUGUGUAUCCAAUCUACCGCUCUGUUAGCAGUGAUCCAAAAUAUACGACGGAAUCCGACUGUGAAAUAAUUGGCAUAUUGUCACUAAGACACGUUGGACAAGAUGAUUUUAAGAGCAGAAAGAUUAAAUUAUCUAUGAUAUUUGGAAAUACGGAGCUAAUUGUAAAAGCUGAAGAAAUAGAUACCGAAGUGAAAAGUUCCUCGACAUUCAAUUGUCUAAUGGAUUAAAAGUUUAACUCCUUUUGGACAAGUGAAUUUAUUUUAUUCAGCAAACAGUGUUUUAGAUUAAAACACGAGAAAAUCUUACUUCGCUGAUUUGUUGACGUAUUAUUCCAGUACUGGAAAGAUCUAGAAUAAAGACAAGACUAUUCACUGAACAGUAAUAAUCAUGGGUAACGAGACCAAGGUUAAUUGUCUCAGAAAAGAUUAGGAACAUGUAUUGAUGAUUAAUAAAAAAAAUAAUAUUGGAAAAAGCCUUGACCACGUUGUCGAAUUUCAAAACCUCACUUUCAUCCUUCUGUGUCUAAAAACUUGAGACAAUGUAAAAUGUUAAGCUCGCCAGAUUAAUCAAUUGUAUGAGUCAAACAUAGAAAGGAAAUGGUUUGCUUGGUGCAAGUGUAUAUUUAGCGGAUUCAUAGCCCUUGAUACAGUGCGGAAGAAAAUCAUAUGAGCAAUUACUGAUGCAUGUCUACUUUCGUCACAACAUAAUUGGGGUUUUGUUAUUCUAUAAUAUUCGUGGAAAGUAUUUGUAGUUUAUUCAGUCGUUACCAAAAAGUUAAAGUAUAUGUAACGUGUCAUUUAUGGGGGUAUAACUGUUUUAUUGCAAUUUUAUUAUUUUUUGUAAAAGAAAUCAGUAAAAAAAGAUAUUAUGUG